AUGGAUAUGUUUUAUGCCGCUGUGGAGAUGAAGAAGAAUCCCGCGCUUUUGGAUCUCCCGGUGGGUGUAGGGAGCCUCGAUAUGCUGUCUACGACCAACUACGUAGCGCGACGAUACGGUGUGCGCUCCGGGAUGCCAGGGUAUAUUGGCAGGAAGCUGUGCCCCUCACUCGUCAUUGUGCCAACCGACUUUGACGCGUACCGUGCGGAGAGCGCCGUGGUGCGGGGAAUUGCGGCCGAGUACGACCCCAACUUCACUAGCGUGGGCCUUGACGAGCUGACGAUGGAGGUGACGGCGUACCUGCGGGCUCACCCUAGCAUGACUGCGGCGGAUGUUGCGUCCGAGUUCCGCGCGCGUGUGUUCGCGGAGACGCAGCUGACUGCCAGUGCAGGGAUUGGCCCGACGGCGACACUGUCCAAGAUUGCGAGCAACUACAAGAAACCGAACGGCCAGCACGAGCUGCAGCUUCGGACGCGCGAGGAUGUGAUGGACUUUAUGAAGAACCUUCCGGUGCGAACCGUGCCUGGGAUU